AUGACUUCUGGCAUUCAAAAGUAUAUGGCGCUAAAUGAAAAGCUCGGUUUUCAUGCCGAUGAUCCAAUCGAAAAUGCAAAACUUCUGGAAGAUAGCGGAAGCGACAAUGAAAGCCAACAAUUUCCUCGCAUCAAACGACAGAAACUGCUUGGAUUUGGAUAUCUUCCAACGAUAUUUUUGAUCUUGUCUUUGGUUUUCAAUGCAGUUUUUCUUCGCCAAAUCAUUGUUUUAGAUACUCGUAUGUUUAGCUGUCCUUCAAAGUAUAGUAAGUGAACUUUCUCAACAAGACAUCCACACAAGCUGAUGAAAAUUUACCAGCAAGUCUAUCUCGCGACUACCCAAUAACUUAUUCAACCACCGAGGAUGAGAACGAUACAUUAGUCGAUGAGUAUUGGGAGAGUCUAGAUACGAGCGCAGUAGUCGUGGCUCUCGACCAUAAAUACACAGACAGCCACGGACUAGCUCGCUCAGUUCCUUUCGUAUGGGAUGAUGAGAAAGGUAUCUAUCAUAUAAAAGCACUGCAUCAGCUUCAUUGUCUCGUAGGCUCCCAUUACCCGCCCACUUCAAAGAUCGAGGAGUCUAACGGUUUAGUAGAAAUUAAUCCGAAAGAAUAUUCUCGAGCCAGGAAAAUACGCCACCCCAGAAGAAGUGAAACCCCACAUCUUGCACUGUUUGAAUACUCUAAGACAAGACAUAAUGUGCGCCGCAGACGACACACUUAUGCCGUCAGAGAAUCGUUCGCACGCCAUCGGUGACAAGCAAGUUCUUCAAUGUCGCAACUGGGACGCCUUAAUAUCUUGGGCUCGUGAGCCAGAACAUCAUUCCUGCUAUGAAGUGGUAUCUGAGUACGCUCCUGUGUCCCAUCGGCUGGAAAGGUACGGGUUUUGUCCUGAGAAUUCGCCGCAUUAUGAGACGAUGAAGGCGUAUUUUGAGAAGUGGGAUCAUAAAUCUAUGUUUGAGGAAAGGGUGAAUGUGGAUUAUUAG